AUGGUUUCCCUGUUUGGGUCGAGCAACAAGCACGACAGUGAGAAUGAGCCGAAUGGCGAAUCGGCAUCCGCAACAGAGCCUCGCCGAUCAGCCGAGGACCUGCGGCCCGCGCCCAACGAACACACGCGACUGCUGCCAAACCGACUUGACAGCGACCGGCCUUUCUUGACGGCCGAUGACCCUGCCGUGAGUCCUUACAACUUGUGGGCCGUGCGGGCGACGCGCUACGCGACAGUGCUGUUCGCCAUCAUCUCGUUCAUCUGGUGGGCUCUGCUGCUCGUUGCCACCUUUGUGACGCCACCGGGAAUGCACACCAGAGGCUCUGGAUUUUACUCGUUUAGCUAUGCAAGCCUGUCGCUCUUUACGAUUCUUUUUGUCUUGGUCUUCUUCGGCGCGCCCUCGAGAGCUGUGAGAAUGCUCAGCGUGUUCAUGGCCUUCAUGCUGUUUGUCGACAUGAUCAUUACGCUGGCAGUGCAACGGAAUCGGCAUGAAGAGGGCUGGGUUGGUAUUACGAGUGUCAUCUGUAAGUUGCAGGCCCGAAAGUGCACGGCUGAGAAAAGUCGGCCAGCUGCAGACCGUCAUACUAACAUCCAUAGGGGCUCUAUUCGUAAGCCUAUGGGCUCUGAUUGCGGACCGAACUGUCAAAUGGGGCAAAGCUGA